AUGAAGUUCUGCGCUGUCAAGCAGUACUUUGAUGACGAAAACAACAACAACAUCACCAGUGGCGCUUCCACCACCAUGAUCCCUCUUCCAAACGUGGAAAGCCACCCGCUCGCCAUACUCAUCACCUACUGCAAGAAACAUCUCAAGAUCAAGGCCAAUAACGCUGACAACAAGAAAGAGACGGAGAAAGAGAUGGAGCAGUACGAGCAAGAAUUGUUGAAGAAGGUGAUGCCUCAAGAACUCACCGAACUUAUACUCGCCGCGAACUACCUCAACUUCAAGGAAGCCUUGGAUUUCUUCUGCCGGGCCGUGGCUAGUGCAAUCCAGAACAAGAGUAUCGAGUUUGUUCGCAAGUUCUUUGGUCUGGAGAGUGAUUUCGAGCUGGGAGAGGAGGAGAAGCUUCGCGAGGAGUUUGCUUGGUCUUUCGAGGGUGUAGAUGAGGAUUGA